GUCGGCUCUGCGGGCGGUGUCCGGACGCAGGUGCGGGACGGAGCCGGGCUAGCGGAGCUGACCGGACCGGCCGGGCCGGGACCAGGGCCCGGGUGCGCAGUAGGGCCUGUGCGGCCGCCCGGCCCGGCCGCGGAUCAGGUAGGGACGGCAGAGUACCUGGAUGCUUCAAACAGGGCAGCAGGAGUUGGUAGCCUUAGCUCCUCGAGGCCUCCAGGAAGCAGAAGAAGAGGUGGACUUACCCCCAGUGCUCCCCAUGGCGGUAAACAGGAGGUGAGAGCCAGGCUCAGAGAGGUCGAGUGUUUCGCCCAAGGCCACACAGCAAACUUCAAUCGUCGACCUGGGACUUGAAUGCAGAGCCAAGGAAGGACUCAGGGACCAACAGAAGCCUGUCUGGCUCCUGAGACCAUGGGUCUGGGGCCCUAGGAAGCAGGGUCCCCCCACCCACCCCCACCCCAGGCCAUGACGACGGGUGACUGCUGCCACCUCCCGGGGUCCCUGUGUGACUGCUCCGGCAGCCCCGCCUUCUCCAAGGUCCUGGAGGCCCCAGGGCUCGGCCCCCCCCAGUACGUGACGCAGGUGACCUCGCUGGACGGCCGGCUCCUCUCCACUGUCAUCAGGGCCCUGGACACGCCCAGCGAUGGCCCCUUCUGCCGCAUCUGCCAUGAGGGAGCAAACGGGGAGAGCCUGCUGUCCCCUUGUGGCUGCACGGGAACCCUCGGUGCAGUGCACAAGAGCUGCCUGGAGCGGUGGCUCUCGUCGUCCAACACCAGCUACUGUGAGCUGUGCCACACGGAGUUUGCAGUGGAGAAGCGGCCACAGCCCCUCACAGAGUGGCUGAAGGACCCGGGGCCCCGCACGGAGAAACGGACACUGUGCUGUGACAUGGUCUGCUUCCUGUUCAUCACGCCGCUCGCUGCCAUCUCGGGCUGGCUGUGCCUGCGGGGGGCCCAGGACCACCUUCGUCUGCACAGCCGGCUGGAGGCCGUGGGGCUCAUCGCCCUCACCAUCGCCCUCUUCACCAUCUAUGUCCUCUGGACGCUGGUGUCCUUCCGCUACCAUUGCCAGCUGUACUCCGAGUGGAGAAGAACCCACCAGAAGGUGCGCCUCAAAGUCCGGGACGCGGCGGGCGCCGAGGGCACCCCGCUCUCCCCGCUGGCCGCAGGACUCCUGAAGAAGGUGGCCGAGGAGACGCCAGUGUGAGGGGGCCACAGCACGGCAUCGGGGGUCCCCCCCGCCCCCCGAUCUUCCCAGGCAGUUGCACUUGGUCCUGGAGGCGCCCCACAGCCCACAGAGGCCUCUGCAACCGGGGAUGCAAGGACUUGUCCACGAGGACCAACGGGCGGAUGGGGUCGUGAGCUCAGCACAGAUCUGGGCACCACAGCCACCCAAUCUCCAGCUCCCUCCCGGUCUUCCCCCUUCCCUCUGGGCUGGCCGGGGAGGGGGGGGCUCUCCCCAGGAGGCUGAGCCUCAAGGAUCCAGUCCCCCCACCCCAGGACCUGCAACCCGGGCAGGGCCCGGUGUUGGCUGCAAGCUGCUCGCUCGCUUCCACUGCACCCGGCAGGCCCGCUUGUCUUGGCACCAUCCACUUUAUCCACUUGCACUGCGUCUUACAGACCCAGGCCCCAGGCCCGGCAGGAAGUGGAGACUCUAAGGCAGACCUCGUGGGGGUCCCUCCCAGGCGGCGGGGGAACUCAGGACCCGAGUGGUGGAGUCAGGGACUCCACACACACACACACACACACACGGGCACCAGAUUUCCACGACCUGUGAUGCACCCGAGGGCAGAAGCAGCAUCUGGGAUUCCCAGUGAAGGGGCAGGGUGCAUA